AUAUAAAUUAAGAUUAUGAUUUAGGAGAGAGAUAAGGGGGUCCUUUUUUUUGUUCUGAGAUUUUGCUCCCAAAAACCAAAAACCUUGUUUUGCAUUCAUCUGAUUUGCAGAGACUAUAGCAACAAGGGACCAACCAAAAACCAAGAACAACAACUUCCUCUUAAGAACUGUGUAGAGAGAGAAAGUGGCUCUUUUUCUCUUUCUCUCUCUUUGUUUUGUGUUUGUCUGUGGAGAGUACAUGCAAAACAGUGAACUUUGAGAUUUAGAUAGAGAAACAAGGGAGUUUGAAGGUUCUAGUUUCAAUUUGCAAAAGCUGCCCAACAAGUACUAUUGUUGUUUUUUCUGUUUUGCUUCUUAUCCACCUUCUAAGACUUGCUCUUGAUUUUGUGGAAGAAGAAAGACAUCUGAUAGAAGGGUUGAGAUUGAGUGCUUGUUGGUUGGUGGUGGUGUUGUUGCAGAGACAUGUUGGACGGCCGUUCCUGUGUGGUUCCGAGGUUGUUUCCCAGCUCCUACCAGGCAGAAAACAAGUGGCCUUUCAUGACAUAUCUGCCUGACUUGGACAUCAAGAACGGCAAGCGCCCUUUGGAAAAUGAUGUCAAUGAUGAACCCAAUCCCAGGAAGGUUAAUAGCAAGAGAUUGGGUUCUCGCCGCCUCCGAGGUGAAGCCAAUCGAGUUUUGUUUCAACAGCAGCCUUAUCAGAUUGAGGAUUCUGUUGUUCCAAAAAUUGAUGAGGACGUUGAUGAUGGUGUUGAUAGUGAUGAUGAUGACUCUACCAUGCAGGAUCACAGGAAUGAUUUUGUGCUGCUGAGUGGUCUCCAAAUAGAUGAAGAUGCUCUAGCUCAUUCUGCUGAGCUGUUAGCUGAACAUGACAAGUAUCAAGCCAGGGAUUCAUUGGAGUCCGGUUUCCAUCAAUCUGAUGAGCAGCAGGAGAAUCAAUCCAAGCAUUUUUCUGAUUCUGGAGUUCAGCAAUCUGACGAGAUGCAGCUGCUUGCUGCAAAUUUGUCAAAUUCCAGUGACCAGCCAUCUGAUCAGCAGCAAGAGAAUCAUUCCGGUGAUUCAUCGGAUUCUGGUUCCCUUCUGCCUAGAAUGAACAGAGACAGCUCGAUUGCCUGUCUCAGCCGCUGUUCGAGGUCCGAUUAUGGUUCUCUUGCAUCACUGAACUCAAGCUUUCGCAACAUUAUUCGAAGUGGUGAGCUAUACAAGUGGAGGAGACUGAAUGGAAUCAUAGAACACUGGGUUUACUUUUCCUGUGCCCUCCUUGAAUGGGAGGCCUAUGAUCCGAUUCGCGAAAGGUGGAUGCAUUUGCCUAGGAUGGCUUCUAACGAAUGCUUCAUGUGUUCGGACAAGGAGUCCUUGGCUGUUGGUACUGAACUACUUGUGUUUGGGAGGGAGCUGAGAUCCCAUGUCAUUUACAGAUACAGUCUUUUGACGAAUUCAUGGUCUUCGGGAAUGCGGAUGAAUGCUCCAAGAUGCUUGUUUGGAUCUGCUAGCCUUGGAGAGAUUGCAAUUUUGGCCGGUGGGUGUGAUUCCGAGGGACGUAUUCUGGACUCUGCUGAACUGUAUAAUUCCGAGAAUCAACAAUGGGAAAUGCUCCCACCCAUGAAAAAGCCUAGGAAGAUGUGCUCUGGAGUAUUCAUGGAUGGAAAGUUCUAUGUGAUUGGUGGAAUUGGUGGAAGCGAGUCUAAGCUUCUUACCUGUGGUGAGGAGUACAAUCUACAGACUAGGACAUGGACAGAAAUUCCUAGCAUGUCCCCAGGACGCAAUGCUAGGGGAGCCGAGAUGCCUGCAACAGCCGAGGCGCCACCUCUGGUUGCUGUUGUAAAUAAUGAAUUAUAUGCUGCUGAUUAUGCUGACAUGGAGGUUAAGAAGUACGAUAAAGAGAGAAAAGUGUGGAAUACCAUUGGGAGACUUCCGGAACGAGCAGUGUCAAUGAAUGGCUGGGGUCUUGCAUUCAGGGCAUGCGGAAAUCGGCUAAUCGUGAUAGGUGGACCUCGGACACAUGGUGGGGGUUUUAUUGAACUCAACUCGUGGGUGCCGAGCGAAGGACCUCCCCAAUGGAACCUACUGGCCAGGAAACGGUCUGGUAACUUUGUCUAUAACUGUGCCGUGAUGGGAUGUUGAAGAAUUGAAAUUAUUAACACAUUUUGAUGGCUUCAAAAUCCAAUGGCUUGCACAACAUUUAUUCAUCCAUUGACCCAGAAUUCUUGCUAAUUGAUACCUUUCCCCCUUCUUUUUCUGUCAUAUUUUUGAUUCGAAGGUGGGGGAAGCAUGGGGAAGAGAUUCUGAUAUUACUCUCAAGAUUAACUGAAAAGCAUCCCGGGAAGGAGCUCUUUCAGUGUUUCCAUUUUUAUGUUUCAAAUUUCAAUUACUAUUUUGUUCCAUUCCAUUGAAAUUGGUAUCUUCCCCCCAUUAUAAUUUACAUGAAAAUUUUCCAAGCUUUGGUGUCAUGUAGCACAGGAAUAGGUUAAAAUAAUUGGAAGUAGCAACACAGAUGUAGCUUAUUUUGUGUUGUUUUGCUUAAGUUUUUUAAGGAAACACCACUUCAUAUUUGAUUUCCAAUCAUCAUAAAUUUUCUUAGCUUCAAGGAUGGAAUAAUUUCCCAGA